CAGCAUGGUAUGUGUACUGGAGAUGCAGAAACCAUGUAGCAGAAAGCUUUGAGCAGUUGUGGAUUAUCAGUUCUUUACAACAGCAAUAAAAAGUGAAGAAUGAAGUUGACUGGAUUUAUUUCCCUAUGGAUGUUGGUUUUACUACCUUGUGGCCAGUUAGCAAAUCCUGCACAACAUGAAGAUGUAGUAAAGCAUGCAAUAAAGCUGCAUCGUGGGAAAGGAGCUGUUAUCACUCAGAGAAAGCAGUGGGUGUUGGAGAACUGCAGAAAACUAUCUGGUCUUCUUCGUCAAAAGAACGUUGUUCUCAACAAACUAAAAAAUGCUAUAAGAGCAGUUGAGAAGGAUGCAGGACUGUCAGAUGAAGAGAAACUUUUUCAGGUGCAUACCUUUGAAAUUUUCCAAAAGGAGCUAAAUGAAAGUGAAAACUCGGUCUUUCAAGCAAUCCAUGGCCUCCAGAGAGCUCUACAGGGUGAUUACAAAGAUGUUGUAAAUAUGAAAGACAGCAGCAGACAGAGACUGGAAGCCUUGAGAGAAGCUGCAAUUAAGGAAGAAAUGGAAUAUGUCGAACUCUUAGCAGCAGAAAAACAUCAGGUUGAAGCCCUUAAGAACAUGCAGCAUCAAAAUAAAAGCCUGUCAAUGCUUGAUGAAAUUCUAGAAGAUGUCAGGAAGGCAGCUGAUAGAUUGGAAGAGGAAAUAGAAGAGCAUGCCUUUGAUGACAACAAAUCUGUAAGAGGUGUAAACUUUGAAGCAGUUUUGAGGGUGGAAGAAGAUGAGGCUAACUCCAAAAGAAAUGCUUCAAAAAGAGAAGUAGAGGAUGACUUAGGGCUUAGUAUGCUUAUUGAUUCCCAGAACAAUCAGUAUAUCCUUACCAAGCCCAGAGAUUCAACCAUUCCUCGUGCUGAUCAUCAUUUCAUAAAGGAUAUUGUGACGAUAGGAAUGUUGUCUUUGCCAUGUGGCUGGUUGUGCACAACAAUAGGAUUGCCAACCAUGUUUGGGUAUAUCAUCUGUGGAGUACUCUUAGGACCAUCAGGACUAAAUAGCAUCAAGUCUAUUGUACAGGUGGAGACAUUAGGAGAGUUUGGUGUAUUCUUCACUCUCUUUCUAGUUGGUCUGGAAUUUUCUCCUGAAAGAUUAAGAAAGGUAUGGAAAAUAUCUUUGCAAGGACCCUGUUACAUGACGGUUCUGAUGAUUGCCUUUGGUUUACUAUGGGGGCACUUGCUCCAAAUUAGACCAACACAAAGUGUCUUCAUUUCCACUUGUUUAUCUCUGUCAAGCACACCAUUGGUGUCAAGAUUUCUGGCAGGUAGUGUUCGAGGAGAUAAAGAAGGCGAUAUUGACUACAGUAGCGUACUACUUGGCAUGUUGGUGAUGCAGGAUGUGCAGCUUGGUUUAUUUAUAGCUGUCAUGCCUACACUUAUUCAAGCAGGAGUGAGCACAUAUUCCAGCAUUUUCAAGGAAAUACUGAGAAUACUGAUACUGAUUGGCCAAAUUCUCUUUUCUCUGGCUGCGGUUUUUAUUUUAUGUCUUAUUAUAAAGACUUACCUCAUAGGACCAUAUUAUCGCAAGUUGCAUGCAGAAAGCAAAGGGAAUAAAGAAAUCCUCAUUCUAGGAAUAACUGCAUUCAUCUUCCUUAUGUUAACGAUCACAGAGCUGUUGGAUGUUUCAAUGGAGCUGGGAUGCUUCUUAGCCGGAGCUCUGAUCUCUUCUCAGGGUCACAUGGUUACUGAGGAGAUUAUGUCCUGUAUUGAACCAAUACGUGACUUUCUUGCCAUCAUUUUCUUUGCAUCUAUAGGACUUCAUGUUUUCCCCACAUUUGUAAUAUAUGAACUCACAGUCUUGCUAUUCCUUACAUUCUCUGUGGUCAUAAUGAAGUUUGUCUUGGCAGUGCUUGUCCUUUCUCUGAUUCUUCCAAAGACCAGCCAGUAUAUCAAGUGGAUUGUCUCAGCAGGACUGGCACAAGUCAGUGAAUUCUCUUUUGUUCUGGGAAGUAGAGCACGCAGAGCAGGGAUCAUAUCUCGGGAGGUCUAUCUUCUUAUUCUGAGUGUGACCACUCUAAGCCUUUUACUUGCCCCUGCCCUGUGGAGAGCUGCGACUAUGAAAUGUGUUCCGAGACCUGAAAGACGCUCCAGUACUUGAUCAAGAUUAGCACACGUACAAGAAUACAUCUUCCUGCAAGGAAUGUCUUCAUUGCUCAUUGUAUUUCUAUGCACUCAGAAAACGAGGUUUUUGAGUAACCAGUCCUCUUAAUGUGCACUUGGUUAUAAGCCUUAUACUGACCUUAAAACAACAACAAAAAAAAUCAACAUAAAAAAAUAAUUAUAUAAUUUGAAUUGCACACCUUUUACAAAAUUUAGUUUCUCUCUGACAGAUUAGAAUCUGCCAGAAUAUUUGUUCCUGAUCCAAUCAAUUAUUCAAAGCAUAAAUUUUUUUUUUUUAAAUAUAGUAUCAUGCAAAC